AAGGGGACAAGGAAGCACACGGCAAGGCAACCGGACAGCGUGAGUGAGCAAAAGUGUAGCGGGGGCCUUUCUUCUACCACACAGAAAUCGCAAAUAUAAUCAUAGUUGACAGCGUCGGAGCAGCGAAUUUCAAUAGUCAUCUUGCGAACAGCGACUUGCACUGGGGAGAGGCUUCGCACCAGAACUAGGAACGCGAAGACACAGCGCAAGACGGUACACCGAUCACAAUCAACCGCAUCAACGUAAAUCCCGGAACUCCUGCCCCAUCAGCUCCGUGCAAGUGCGGUAAAAAGAGAGUGUGCUGAAAAAUGGCCGGAAAUUUGGAGGAUCGUGAAAUCUGGGAAGACUCGGAGGAGCUCGGCGAGGAGGUGCUGCGUAUGUCGACGGACGAGCUGGUCAGCCGCACCCGGCUGAUGGACAACGAGAUCAAAAUCAUGAAGAGCGAGGUGGUGCGCAUCAAUCACGAGCUGCAGACGCAGAACGAAAAGAUUAAGGACAACACGGAGAAGAUCAAGGUGAACAAAACGCUCCCGUACCUGGUGUCGAACGUGAUCGAGCUGCUGGACGUGGACCCGCAGGAGGAGGAGGACGACGGGGCGGUCGUGGUGCUCGACUCGCAGCGCAAGGGUAAGUGUGCGGUCAUCAAAACGUCCACCCGCCAGACCUACUUCCUGCCGGUGAUCGGGCUGGUCGACUCGGACAAGCUGAAGCCGGGCGAUCUGGUCGGCGUGAACAAGGACUCGUACCUGAUACUGGAGACGCUGCCGGCCGAGUACGAUGCGCGCGUGAAGGCGAUGGAGGUGGACGAGCGGCCGACCGAGCAGUACUCGGACAUUGGCGGGCUGGACAAGCAGAUCCAGGAGCUGAUCGAGGCGGUCGUGCUGCCGAUGACGCACAAGGACAAGUUCAAGAACCUGGGCAUCCACCCGCCGAAGGGUGUGCUGCUGUACGGGCCGCCCGGGACGGGCAAAACGCUGCUGGCGCGCGCCUGUGCCGCCCAGACCAAGUCCACCUUUCUGAAGCUGGCCGGCCCGCAGCUGGUGCAGAUGUUCAUCGGCGACGGGGCGAAGCUGGUGCGCGAUGCGUUCGCGCUCGCGAAGGAAAAGUCGCCGGCCAUCAUCUUCAUCGACGAGCUGGACGCGAUCGGUACGAAGCGGUUCGACUCGGAGAAGGCGGGCGACCGCGAGGUGCAGCGCACGAUGCUGGAGCUGCUCAACCAGCUCGAUGGGUUUAGCUCGACCGCCGACAUCAAGGUGAUUGCGGCCACCAACCGGGUGGACAUUCUCGAUCCGGCCCUGCUCCGGUCCGGGCGUCUCGACCGCAAGAUUGAGUUCCCGCACCCGAACGAGGAGGCGCGCGCCCGCAUCAUGCAGAUCCACUCGCGCAAGAUGAACGUCAGCCCGGACGUGAACUUCGAGGAGCUGGCCCGGUCGACGGACGACUUCAACGGCGCGCAGUGCAAGGCGGUGUGCGUCGAGGCGGGCAUGAUUGCGCUCCGCCGGUCGGCCGUGUCCGUCAUACAUGAGGACUUUAUGGACGCAAUCAUGGAGGUGCAGUCGAAGAAGAAGGCUAAUUUGAAUUAUUUCGCCUAAGUUGGAUGACGGAGGGGAGGCUACUUUUUUUUCUGUUCCAUUUCUAUUCCCAACCGCGAUUUUCACACACAAUCGUCAACAACACAACAAUUGCACUGAUUGCGCUGAAAAUAAGGCGCUGAAAACUGAUUGUAAUAUUUUUCGAAAACGGAGCUGAGCGUUAGGGCAAACUACAGAAGGAGAAAUAUGCAACACACAUGUCGUCCAUAACGUUUUGCUUUUUGUUCACGCCUCUGGAAAUAAAUCUACCCGCAAUACACGGUCGUCUCUGUUCCAAA